GUUGGCUCCUGUGUUGUACCUUGGGUUCUGCUGUAGAUAGGGAGUAGUGACAUGGUAACCGAGGAGCUUCUGUUCCCAGACCGGGAGGAGUGGCCGGCCAUGACUGCAGUGACCUAUGAUGAUGUGCAUAUUGACUUCACUUGGGAGGAGUGGAUUUUGCUGGAUCCUUCUCAGAAGAAUCUCUACAAAAAUGUGAUGCUGGAGACCUACAGGAAUCUCACUGCUAUAGGCUACAGUUGGGAAGACUAUAAUAUUGAAGAACAUUGUCAAAGUUCUGGAGGACAUGCAAGGUAAUUUCAUGUGCAAGCUGAUACAAAUGUGCCUAUGGAGAAAUUGUAAUGUGUCCUGGAAGUUUAAAACAAAAGUAACAGUGUAAAUAAGCACAGUUUAAAGUGUACUGAGGCUUGUUAUAUUCUCACAAAACCAACUACCUCAAUGUCACAUAACUGACACGUGUUUGCAAGGCAUUGCUCUAAGAAAGAACACAGGAAAACAAUGCCUUAUCUGAUAUACCCAUUUGAAUUGCAGCUCCAUGAUAGCUAUGCUAUAGAAUGGCCAAUCUGUUCAAUUUCAUGUCACUCAGAUAUUACAUAAAGAAUUCAUGUUGGAUAGGUGUGAUGUAUAUAUCCAAAACCGUCUAGUAAGCAAAUAAUUCAGAGUAAACUAGUGCUACUUUUUUACUUGUUGUGACUUUUCUACGUUUAGUGAGAGGGAUAUUUAUGAGAGUCAAGAAGUUGUUGUGGAGAAUCCUUAAUCCCUAUACCACAUGUUUGUGAGGAACAGAAAGUCAAGCUGUGUGAAUGCAGUGUAGAACCAUUUUAUUUAUUAGUUUUUCUUUAUCAGUAUAUCAUAUGUCACUCUGGAUACAAGCCAUGUGAGCAGGGGUAUAUGAAAGGAAGCAAUAUAACUCACACACAACAAUUAGAAGAUAUAUAGUAGUCACUUUGAGUAGAAUUUUUGAAUGUGAUACAAGUUUAAAAUUAAUUGCUUUUCCAAGUUCAUUACGAAUACAUCAACAAACUCAUAGGCAGAAAAGCCCUAUGAGCAUUGGAAUAUAUAAAUAUGUCUGUCCUGGUUCACUUUACAAAUGUGGUAUGACUCACACUAUUGGAAUAUUUAUAUGGAAUAUAAUACUGGAAUAUGCAAUCAGUAUGUUAAAGCUCUGAGUUCUUCUAGUUCUCUUCAAAUAUGUGAAGAAACUCAUAUAGAAAAAUGAUGUCACAAAUGGGGACCCUCUAAUAAAGGUUCUUACCAUUACAGAUACCAUCCAAGACACAAAACAUUCCUAAAUGUUGGAGAACACUAUGAGUGUAUACUUUAAGAUCUUAUUUGUCCUAAAGAUUAGAACAAAUUGUAAAAUUAAUUCAUACAGAUAGAAAUAUUCAUCAGUGUAUUAAAUGUGAGAAAGCUUUUACU